AAGGAGGAGGCUGAGGGGGGGGGCUAACAAAGGGCGAGGCGAGCGCUGGGGCUGGGAUAGCGCAGGGAGGGCGGGCGGGAAGCCGGCGGCCCCACCACGAUGCCGCGGGUUGUCCCCGAUCAGCGGAGCAAGUUCGAGAACGAGGAGUUCUUCAGGAAGCUGAGCCGAGAGUGUGAGAUUAAAUAUACCGGCUUCAGAGACCGGCCGCACGAGGAGAGGCAGGCCCGCUUCCAGAACGCCUGCCGCGACGGCCGCUCCGAGAUCGCUUUUGUGGCCACAGGAACCAAUCUGUCUCUCCAGUUUUUUCCGGCCAGCUGGCAGGGGGAGCAGCGACAGACACCAACCCGGGAUUAUGUCGACUUUGAAAGAGAAGGAGGCAAGGUGUACUUGAAGGCACCUAUGAUUCUUAAUGGUGUUUGUGUAAUCUGGAAAGGCUGGAUAGAUCUUCAGAGACUGGAUGGUAUGGGCUGCCUGGAAUUUGAUGAAGAGAGAGCGCAGCAGGAGGAUGCAUUGGCACAACAAGCCUUUGAAGAAGCUCGGCGGAGAACUCGUGAAUUUGAGGAUAGAGACAGGUCUCAUCGUGAGGAAAUGGAGGUGAGGGUUUCACAGCUGCUGUCAGUAACUGGCAAGAAGACAACAAGACCCUAGUCCUGGAUCUAAUCUAGGAAGUGGCGAUGAUCUCAAACUACGUUAAUCAACAGCAGCAGGCGUACCAUGGGUCUGCACACACGCAUUGCUUCUACUUGGCAAAGGAUUUAAUAAAAGACCAGAAACUGUGAUAACUGGGUAUACUAUGGUCUGUUUCCUGACCUGCGGCAGUCAGAAUCACCAUGAACUGUCAUGGUUUGCACUAUGUUUAUGUUACAAUACCUGCAUUUCCCAUUUUAAGCAUGUAGCCAGUGGCAAUUUGAAAGGUUUUUUUUCUAUGCAAACUUAUUUUUGUUGGCGCUAUUUUAGUGAAAUGGAAACUUACACAGCUAUAAAACCAUUUUUCUCAACUGUAAUAAAAAGUGUCGCUUAAAAAUAGGUCAAGAUAUUACAGAUUUAAAACUUUUUGUUUUUUUGGUUGGAUUUUUUUUUUUUUUUGGUAAACUGCUGGAAGCCAAUGCAUUCCAAGCGUAAUUUUUUUAAUACGAGCUUUUGGAAUUUUGAUUGUCUUUACUGUGCUCCUCCUUUAUGUUAGAUAUGCAUGCUUAUCUUCCUUUCACUUUUCCUUUUCCUAAAUUUGCAAGAUCUUCUUAAAACUGCUGACAUUAUUUUGCAUUAUUUCCAAGCUAAACCCAGUGAAUCAGAGCUGUUGGAAUCCUUUCUCAAACUUGUGGGUUUGUAAAUGCUACAGUUGCAGUAUGCUUUUAACUGCUGACAGUUCAUUGGUUCCACUUUUUAAAGGAUAAAAUCUUAAAAUGUAAUUUUCAUGCAUUGAUAAUGCAUUCUGCCCCAGUAUCUGUCUCAGAUUUUAUUAUGAUACCAAGUGAGUUUGGGUGGUUAUUAUACCCCUGUAUAUAGUACUUUACUGAAACUCAUAGGAAGUCGCAGGCUGGCUUCUGUUUUAUUCAGGGAUUUUUUUAACUAGUUCUUCAAAGGGAUACUGCAACUCUACAGUCAGAUUCAACAGCACAUUCAACUGGGGACAAAAGGUGAUAUGUAUUAAAUCAUGUUUCAUAUAGCUGCUUUGAGUAUAUUUUGUAUCUUAGGCUUUUUGUAAAGUUGUGCUGAAUGGUGAAAAUAUGAGGUUGUGUGCAGAGAAUCUCAUACAAUCCAUAGGACACUUCUCUUGAUCUUAUGCACAUUAAGACUACAUUGCAGUAUAUAUUGCAUUUUCUAAUAGGGUAAGAUUUGGGAUGAGUUAAUCUGUGUGAAUUACCAUGUUUUAUUUGGGGUAAUGGUGAAUGGACUUGUUCCAAAUUUUUCAUUGCAUCCAAUAUUUGAAGAAAAUUGAUUGGAAAUGUGAUGAUGUCAUUUGGCUUUGUUAAAAUGUGGUGCUUCCUGUACAGCCUGAUGAAUUAAAAUGUCACUGCAAUCCUUUUUUUUUUAAAUAGGUAAUCUGGCUUCAGUAUCCUAAGAAUUACUUUGAAGGUCGAAACUCCGUAUGGUUAAAACAGUUGAAUCUUUUCAAUCUUUAAGAUUCUUUGAUGAAGAUAAUUACAUUCCUCACGAAUGGCAAAAUGAUGCAAAAGAGGUCUUGCAAAAAUGUAAGCAGAUGUCAGUGUGAAGGAGCCUAUGUUAAUAAUAUGAAUAUUUAACAUUCACAUCAAAAUGUCCGUAACUGUAAACUGUGAGAGUGUCAUCAAAUGAGAAUAUUUUGAUACUUCAAUUUAAAUGUGAUUCACCUGAAAAACCUUUUUCACUCUGUGGCCAUGUAUUCUUCUUGCUCUUCUUCCCCCAAAGAAAUAAUUUUUCUAAA